CUGCGAGUCUCGCGAGUGACUUGGUAAGCAAUUUUAUCCAUCCAUAGAAUCUCAUCUAUGAGCCGCGUCCUUUCUACGGUGGCCGAGAGGAUUCGGUGUCGACAGGGGGAACCCUGUGAUGAUUAUUCAUCCCGUGCACCCUCAGGCCAACCGACAACGUCAUUUCGGGAUUUAAAUUCUCGUUUUGUGCCCCUCUAUCAGCCCCUCAUCCGGAGCUAAUUAAUAUCUUCCCUAGUUUUAAAUCAUCCACCGCUCGUCUUUCCUCCCAUUCUCCUGUUAGGAUCUCUUCCAGAGCAAUCGCAUCUACUAUCUCCCUUCGCCCGUCCGUUGGCACGCACUUCAAUCUCACUCGACGAGCUUUUUCCUCUACCCCCAUCGUUCGAUUCACACCUUCAUCCACCAUGGCUGGCGGCAACGUUCAGGAGAUCAAGAGCAAGGAGGAAUUCGACACGAAGGUUCUCAGCUCCGACGCGGGCCUUGUCGUUGUCGACUGCUUCGCCGAGUGGUGCGGUCCUUGCAAGGCCAUUGGCCCUAAGGUCGAGGAGUUCAGCAAGAACUACCCUAAGGCCAAGUUCUACAAGAUCGAUGUCGACGAACUCUCUACAGUCGCUGCCGAUCUUGGUGUCCGCGCCAUGCCUACUUUCAUUUUGUACAAAGAUGGCAAGAAGGUGUCUGAUGUCGUUGGCGCCAACCCCCCUGCCCUCGAGGCCGGUAUCAAGGACCUGAUCGCAUAAUCAAUGAUUGACCUGGGGUUGUGUGUGGCAUUUGCUUUUUCAUGUUAGUCCCUAAGGGAAUGUGACUCCAUCAUUUAUAUCCAUCCCUGAUGGCAAAGUAUUUAACUGUAUCGCUAUCGUGGCCAUAAACUCAGCCCAUGUGACAACUCAUAUCACGAUCAAGAAGCUGUCAGAGUGAUGUAAUCCAGGACUUCUAGUUCGGAACAGGGGAAUCGGCAUGUGUCCCGCUGUAUAGGACUUCUGAUAUACAACGGCAGACCAGGGGUCUAGUUCCCAACAACGAAGGCUCAAGAUGAAGAUAGGACCAUGAAAAAAAAUAGCCUACUUCAACUCGAACAUAAUUUCAAACCUCAGCAAACAGAGACAAUGACCCGCACUGCCACCAACGAACCCUAUAGGCAGAAAAAACAAUGAAUCGUUGUGGGACGUAGCAGGUUAAAUAGCACAUAUGUUCCCUCAAAUACUUUUGAACAAUCUAGCUAGGUACUCUCAAUUAACAAAUCCCCAGAUAGGA